AUGGUUAUUCCACUCUCACCGGGCGAUAUGGAUAGUGGAUCGAAAUCCAACUCGACCAACUCGCUUUUUUCGCUUCGCGGUCAUCGGGAUAGUUAUUCCAGUAUCGUGGACCAGUACCUGACCGAAGAAGAAGAAGAAGAAGAAGAAGAAGAAGAAGAGGAAAAUUUGGACCAGCGGUCGCUUCCGCAGCAGUAUUCGCGUGAAGAGCCUACGGCUCUCACGCUCAACUAUACCAGUCGCGGCCGACGUUUUUCGUCUGUGUCUGCAGCCCCACCACCUCAGUUGCCCGCUGCGGACGACAAACUCGUGAUAGUGCUGGUGGGAUUACCUGCCAGCGGUAAAUCGACGGUUUCGAAUCAUCUUAUUCAGUAUCUUGGCCGGGAUCCACGCACAGCUCAUUUGCGCUGCAAAAUAUUCAAUGCCGGCCAGGUUAGAAGAAAACUCAGCUGUCGUGGCAGACCCAUGAUGCUAGCCAACAACUCUUCUGAGGACUUGUUCAAUCCGAAAAACUCACAAAAGAAGGAACAGUACGCCAAACUCACGCUUCAACAGAUGUUUUCGGAUCUGGACCAAGAUGCGUGCGAUGUCGCUAUAUUCGAUGCCACCAACUCUACCGAACAGAGACGUGCGUUCAUUUUCCAACAGCUACGUCUCUAUAACGCAGAUCUGAAACGCCACUACCAUAUUACUCCCGUGGUUCUCCAAGUGUCGUGCACAGAACGCGCGUUUAUUCGUUUCAACAUCCACAACAAAACUUUCAAUCAGGACUAUUUCGAUAAACCUUACGAGUUCGCAGUGCGCGAUUUCGCCAAGCGACUGGCUCACUACCACUCCCAGUACAUACCCUUCACUAAGGCUGAAUUCAGUAACCAUAUUGCUGAAAAUAAGCUAGUCAGUGAGGACAAUGGGCUGUUUUGGUAUAGCGUUAUUAACGCAGGAUAUUCCGAUGCCUCCAGUGAGUCGGCAAAACAUCACCCACCAGGAGCCACCAAAUAUCUGACAGAAUUGAUCAAAUCCAUCGAACUUUUCAUGGAAUGCUAUUCUAACAUUUAUGCCAAGAAGUAUAUUCAAGACGUUCAAGAUUUCGCCAAAGGCAUGACUCCAUCCAAUAGAACAUCUGCUCCUAAACUCCAGCUACCAACAGACACUCGUCACAACACGGAUGUACCGUACGCCACAAUUCUAAAUGGAAUUGUUAAUGACGACUACUUCUGCCGGUCCCUAAAAGGACCGUUUGUGUAG